CAGAAAAGGGUAAGAAGACUAGCUAAUUGGGAUCUUCUUUCAAAUUAACCAAUGGGUUUCAUGGAGUUAGAUAAUGUGAUUUCAAAUAUCGAUUCAAAACAACUUAUUGCACGUAGUUAUUAACCUCUCAUAUCGUGGGGGUGGGGUGGGCCAGUGGCAAACCCUAUAGUACUAGUCUAACUUAUUUGCAUAUGUAAAACCCAAAUAAGUUAGACAUAUGUGUCUGCAGCAAAAUGUGAGUAUAAAACUAAGAGUCUGCUUUAACAUAUGCUAAUUAAUUAAUUUCGGCAAUAAGACUAAAAAGUAAAAAAUUAAUGUGAAAAUAGUUGUCUUAGACCAUUUCUAAUGUAUUUUGCUAUUUUCACCUCUAAAAUAGGGGAACUCUAUAAUAGAAGUGAGAUAUGCUCCAAUGUAUUCCCCUAAAAUAGCAAUCUCUAAAAUAUAGAGUAAAAAAUAGAGGAAUGCUAUUUCUUCCUCUAUAAAUAGAGGAAAAAAUAAAAAUCUCUAUUAUAGAGGAAGAAAUAGAAGUGGGUUAGAGCAAUUUCACCUUUAAAUGCUAUUAUAGAGGUGAAAAUAGCAAUGAGUUGGAGGUGCUCUUAGAGAAGAAUCAACUCUCUAGAAAUUUUAGUAAGGUAUUUGUGACCACCUCCAAUUUUUUAUUUUAUUUUUUAAAUCCAGGCACAUCAUUUCUCAGUGUAGAUUUUAUCAAUCCCACAUUUUAUUCAUACACAGUUUUUUUUAAAUAAAACUUCAUAGAUAUGUUCAUGUAAAAUGUGAUUUAUUUUUUAUUUAAAAAUAAAUGAAAUAACUUUUUACUUUCCAUAAAACUUAAAAGUAUCCUUAAUAUAUAUAAAUCAAUUCAAAAGGUUAAAAAUAUGACUAGACAUAAAACCAAAUUCUUUCGGAACUUUCUAAAUUUAAAGCACAUGUUUAGUGUAGAAUCAAAAUUGAACCGAACUUAAACUAAACCGAAAACAUCGAUAAAAUCAAUUGAACCGGUUUGGUCCACCAACUCAAUUUAAACGACACCGUAAAAACAAUUGAACUGCCUCGUUAGCUCUUUCACUGCUCCGGCGAUUGUUUCCCUUUUCUCUCGAAUUCUCGUUCUAAGAGAAGAAAGCAUUGGGAAAAGAGAUGAGUUUCGCUUAUACGACGUUGUUUUCCACAGGGGUUUUGCUUCUUUCGAUCUCAGCUUCUUCUUCUUCUUCUCCGGUCUCUCACGACUUCGACGUGACGGCGGCAUCCACAAUCUCGUCAACGAAUUCGACCCUUUCACCAGUGCUUAACGACAAGAAUCGAAAGAGAGAUGAGUUUCACGAAAGCUAAUUGUUCCCGACCAUCCUGCUACUCUCCUGCUACAAGAUCUGGUCCAAGUUUGGACAGAAUCAGUCAGUUGCCAGAUGAUUUGCUUGUGAAGAUCUUGUCUUCACUUCCAACAACAAAAGACGUCGUAGCCACCUCUGUUUUGUCUAAACAGUGGCGGUCUCUCUGGAAGAUGGUGCCCAGGCUCAAGUUCAUUUGCGAAAGGCCCAAUGAUCUUCAGGGAUUUGAAGAUAGUGCACGCAUGACUAUGCUUUCACUCCAGGCUCCGUAUCUACAGAGUUUGCAUCUCGACGUUUCAUUUAGCCAAGGUUAUAUCGAUCAUCAUAUAGAUCUUAAUAAGUUAGUUAAAAUUGCAUGUGGACUCCAUGUGCGUGAGUUGGUGAUCAAACUCUUAAGGCAAGAGCUCGAUAUAUUCCUUAGUUUGGAUGAAUGUGAGACUCUAGAAACCUUGAAACUUCGUGGCAGCGAGGAAUCCAUUACUCUAGAGGUCCCUUCUCCGUGUUGUCUGAAGUCUCUUAGAACUCUGCACCUUGAAGAUGUGGUCUUCGAUGACGCUGUUAUGGACCUUUUAGCUGGAUGUGAUAGUCUUGAAGAUUUGAUGGUUUCUCGAUAUGGUCAUGAUGAUGUGGAGACUUUCACCAUUGCGGUGCCAACUUUACAGGACCUAGCCAUAGACGAUGAGGUUGGUGAGGGUACUUGCUCUAAGUACGUGAUAAAUUCGCCUUCUUUGAAAACAUUGAAGAUCACAGCGUCAAUUGAGUCUGGAUCUUGUAUGAUUGAGAAUGCACCUGAGCUGGUGGAGGCUAAACUUUUUAUCAAGGAAGUGAUUCUGGGAGAAUCACUCUCUUCAGUCAAACGUCUUUCCUUGAGUACACACAUGGAGGUUCCUGCUGGUUUCAUCUUCAAUCAGCUGGAGUAUUUGCAGCUGUUUACAUUGGAACUAAAGUCCUGGAAUUUUCUAAUGCUCAUGCUUGACAACUGUCCUAAUUUACAAGUUCUUGAUAUCAACAGCGACUAUCAUAUGGAAAUUCCAUGGACGCCACCAAACCAUGUUCAUGAAUAUUUGAUCCGUCUUAAGACAUUAAAUUGGUACGUCAUUGAAAGGAUAUACGGGGAAGAGGCGGCCAAAUACAUCCUAUCGAAUGCAAGGCGUUUGGAAAAUUUUACUUUGCUCAUGUCCAGCGAGCACUUUAAUAUUACCGAGGAAGAAAAACUUAAGGUGCGGCAUGACUUCGAAGGAUGGUGUCCAGAUGAUUGCAAGUUUGAAUGCAAGUUUUUGAGUGAUUCUGAUUCUCUCUCCCAUUGUCGCUUUUGAUUAUUGGCUGUUUCAUGUCAUUUUGUAAUAUCUAGAUCUCGUCUAUCUUCCAUGAAUCAAUUAUUAUUAUUGGUCAAUCACACAAAUAUAAAUAUCUUCUCUAA